AUCGCGCUGUCUACUUCACUAGUAUCAAUCCAGACCGGUAAUAUGGCAGGCCAACUUUGUCUUUUCUUGUGUGUGGUUAUUACCAUUCAAUUGUGCUCAGCUCAGGCUCCAUGGGGUCAAUUCUCUGGUAUACGUGGAUUCAGUCCCUUGCCUUUUGGUGGAGGAGUCAAUCAGUUUGGAGCAGGACAACAAACUACUAAUGCGUACCAAUAUGUAAAUUGUGGUGCUGCUGAUCAGAAUCAAAAUGAACUGAAAGUGACCUUCACUCGACCUAUGUCAGCCCAAAACAAUAUGCUUCAACAACAGUUCCCAUGGUUACGACAACAACAAGCAAAUGUUGAAAAUGAACCCGUUCGAAUGGAAUUCUCCAUCAAAUCAGCCGGACAACAACUCGCUGGUAACAUGCAGUUGGUAAUGACCGAAUAUGGCCCUGCUUCCCCCGGCAUGUGCAACCCAGCUAUGCUUGGUAGCAUCAAACAAGGCUUCAGAAGAAACCAAAUGACACCAUUCUCCAACCCAUGGAAUCCAGCCCAAUCCUUCUCUCCCAACAACAAUCAACCUGCCGGACAAUUGGGAUCUGGAUUCUUCCUCCAACCAGGACAAUCAUUCCAAAUUUCCAGAAAUGUUGAAAUCAACUUCAAUGAAAUGGCCGGAAGUGGAAUUGCUCUUUGUAGAGGAGUCAACGGAAACAGUUGUUCAUUCAUGCUCAGUUUGUGCUGUACCCUGUCUAAGGGAACUUCACCAAUGGCUACCUCCAUGCCAGCAAACAACAAUCAAUUCGGAAACGAUCCUUUCGGACAGCAAAACGGAUUCAACGGACAAGCAGGUUUCAAUGGUGGUCAGGCAGCUGAUCCGUUCGCCAACACUCAACCCGCUGCUGCUGCAAUGUUAUGUCGAGGAGUUAAUGGUAACCAAUGUACCUUUAUGUUAAGUCUGUGCUGUUCUCUUGGCAGGGGUUCCUCAUCACUGGUAGCCGCCCAAUUCAACCAAGCUCAAAAUAGUCAAUUUGGUCAAAAUGGAUUCGGACAAAAUGGAGGAUUUGAUCCAAAUACUGGUUUUGGUCAGGCAGGAUUUAAUCAAAACACCAACACAAAUACCAACACUAACACAAAUACCAACACUAACACUGGAUUUUUCUAAUUGAAGUCAAUGAUUUAUCACAAACAUCACAAAUUACAAUAUCCUGUCACAAAUACAUUUGAUAAAUUUCAUAUUUCUCCAACUCGGUUGGAGCUUAAGAGCAACAGUUGAUAAACUUACCUGAUCUAAAAUUUCAAUGUUAUUGUAGACUAUGAUAAACUGUUCUGUAAUUAAAGUUUUAAUAAAUAAUCACUAACAUUCCAGUUGAAUUUCGCCUGUG